CUCCCGCCCUCUCGGCUGCGCUCGGUUGAGUCAGUCAGUCUGUCGGAGUCGGUCCGCGGAGCAGGCGUCUGGGAGAGACUCCGGAGAGCCCAACUGUCGGAUCUUUUUCUGCUUUCCCCCCUCCCUCUCUCCCGCCCCACAUCUCUUCUUGAUCCCUGUCCAGCCCUUGCUGUCGCAGCCAUGGCAGAGUCGUCGGCGGCCACUCAGUCCCCGUCCGUCUCCUCGUCGUCCUCCGGGGCCGAGCCGUCCGCGCCCGGCGGUGGCGGGAGCCCGGGAGCCUGCCCCGCCCUGGGGGCGAAGAGCUGCGGCUCCUCCUGUGCGGUGCACGAUCUGAUCUUCUGGCGAGAUGUGAAGAAGACGGGCUUUGUCUUCGGCACCACGCUCAUCAUGCUGCUCUCCCUGGCCGCCUUCAGCGUCAUCAGUGUGGUUUCUUACCUCAUCCUGGCUCUUCUGUCUGUCACCAUCAGCUUCAGGGUCUACAAGUCCGUCAUCCAAGCCGUGCAGAAGUCGGAAGAAGGUCACCCGUUCAAAGCCUACCUGGAUGUGGACAUCACCCUGUCCUCGGAAGCAUUCCACAACUACAUGAACGCCGCCAUGGUGCACAUCAACAGGGCCCUGAGGCUCACCGUGCGGCUCUUCCUGGUGGAGGACCUCGUCGAUUCCUUGAAGCUGGCUGUCUUCAUGUGGCUGAUGACCUAUGUCGGCGCUGUUUUUAACGGAAUCACCCUUCUGAUUUUAGCCGAGCUCCUUGUGUUCAGCGUCCCGAUUGUGUAUGAGAAGUACAAGACCCAGAUCGACCACUACGUUGGCAUUGCCCGGGAGCAGACCAAGUCGAUUGUUGAAAAGAUCCAAGCAAAGCUCCCCGGAAUUGCCAAGAAAAAGGCAGAAUAAGCAGGUGGAAGCCAGAAAUACAACAGUUACUAAACCCCACAUCAUAGUUGUAACGUCCUUCCUCGUGCCCCGAAGGCGCGUGCCCAGUGUCAGCUUGAGCCUGCAUUCCAAGCUUUGUUUUUUCAUUUGGUGUUUUCUCCCUUCCUUCCCUUCCCUGUGCCCUUAGUAUCAAGCACAAGAAAUGUUGGACUGAAAGAACUGCUAUCUUGGAACUCAGAAGACUAAAGGAAGAAUCAGAUUAGUAGGGUGGGUCAGGACCUUCGUGCUGGGCAUGCUCUUCCCUGCCCCAACACGGGCACGAUGGGCAGCAAAGGCGAAGCAGGCGAGGGUGCCCAGCCUCUUGGGUCCUUCUCUCCAGUUCUCAAGGAUGAGGCCCACACAGCUUCCCAUUAGUUUUGUCCUUAUUUCUAAGUUCAGGAGUAAUAAUUAACUUAUGAAGAAGCUAGUCGGGGGUGGGAGAUCCCUCCCCUGGGCUCUCUGGGAGCCCUGGGAC